AUGGCUCCGAUAACCAUGCCUCCGCAUGAUUCGCCUGUCAUACGAAAACAUUUCGACGAGAGGUUGACGACUCGAAUAAGCAGCAUCCAGUCAUUCCAAUCUCAGCCAGAGGAUGUGGAUUUCCAAAAAGUAAGUCGAAACACACAAAACGGUCAUGGCGAUACCGAAGACGUGAUGCAAUGGUUGAAGCUUAAGAAGCUAGGCGGUUCGAUUUACAACGAGGAAUUCAGAAUUGAGCAUGGAGAGCCCACUUGUGCUGCUUAUGCAAACAUUGUGGCAAUUGGGAUGUCAAAAGGGUGUAUAGCUAUUUGUGACCAGAGGCAGAACAUUACAGCCAUUUUGGGAACAGGCCCAGUCGCAUCUCAGAUAGGCCAAGUUGUAUCCGUCCAGUUAUCGGCAGAUACGACGUUUUUGGCUGCUGGAUAUUCGUCUGGAACGAUUCUGUUAUGGCAACUUUCCAAGCCGUCAAGACCAGCUCUUAUCAUCAAACCGCAACAACCAGGGUCGAAUGGCGAUGGCCAUAAGGAGAAUUCUGCCGUCUUGCAAAUACAGUUUCUGGGAAAACGUCAUACUGGAUUGAUUUCAAGCGACAGCCAUGGUGAGUUGGUGUACCACAAUGGAUACUCCAACUUACUUGGAUUGCAGUGCAAUUCGCGAUCCAUAAUCUCUGGAGAGAGCACGAGCAACGAGUCCAUCAUCUUGCAAUGCUCUGUUCUACCUCUGGGAACUUCCAUUCAACCAACCGAUGGGACUGGAGUUGUUGCACUUUGCACUGUGAGUUCAGUUGUAGUGAUGUCUACACAUCCGUAUGUCAGAAUUCAUGCAAAGAUCAAAAGACCCCAGAGCUCGAGCUUGGAUUUGAAGCCCACGGCCUGUGUGGCAUGGCUGCCAGCUCUGAGGGAAGCAAAUGGUCAGAGCUCAAGGGCUCUGCUAGCAUAUUGUUUUUCCAAAACUUUGCAUGUUGUUGAGCUUGCAACUGAGACUUUUGUGGAUAAAGAAGGUCAUGAUAGUCUGGAUUUAAGGCUGGAGCACCACAGACGAUGGGAGGGCCAAGAGGCCAUAGUUUCAGUGAAUUGGGUUAAUUCCAGAUUGUUAGCACUGUUAACUACAAGCUCACAGAUUGUCUUCCUUGAUCGUUCAAAGAUGAAUGUCGCUGCGGUGGUUGAUUGUGUUUCCCGUCAUAUCAAACCGUUGAGUGUUUCCCUUGGCCAUGGAGGAGUCUUGCAUGAUUACUAUUACAGUGCCUUUCAGGUAUAUAAGGGGAAAAUUUUUGUUUUGGGAAAAUACGAUUUCUACUUGGGAACUCUUGAGAACUGGGCAGAUAAUCUGAUGAUGUUGCUUCGUGAAGGAGACUACAUUGGUGCUUUGGAAGUUGCGAGCAAGCAAUAUUCCGGGGAGUGCGAUCUAGCGAUACGAGGUCUCCCAAAAUCAGCAGAGCAAAGACAUCUGUUGGUAACCCCUCAUAUAAAGGGCAUAAUAGCUGCUUCUACCGACCACAUCUUUGUCGACCAUCCAGUGGGAUUAGAUUCGUCGAACCAAUUCUAUCACAAAUUUCUCUCCACAGCACUCCAAACGCUAAUAGCGAUGAAUAGCGAACCAGCAGAUUAUGAGCAUAUGUUUGAGAAGUACGCCGAAAACGGUCUGGAAGCGAUUUUCUACGAUGUUUUGGAGGCAUAUAUCCUAGAUGGGAAGGUGGUUUCGCUUGCACCUACUAUAUUGAAGGGACUAGUUGAAACAUACAUUGCCCAGGGAAAGACUCUGGUUCUUGAAGAGAUAAUAUGUCUUUUGGACAUCAGAACGUUGGACAUUGACUUAACGAUAUCUCUAUGCAAGAAACAUGGUUUGAAGGAUAUUCUGAUAUAUAUUUGGAAUGUCUUGCUCAACGACUACAUUUCUCCAUUGAUGGAUCUGAUGAAAGAAUCUAGCCAAGUGACAAAUGCAAGUGAAAGAGACAUAUAUUCAUAUAUUGGCUACAUUCUUACAGGGAGACAGUAUCCAACCGAAAAGCCAAUGGAUUAUAGAAAGGAGUAUUCUGCUAAAAGAAGUCUUUACUAUAUUCUUCUGAACGGAACAGCAGUAUCAUGGCCGGAGAACUCACCUAAAGUUCACAUGACUGAGGACCUGACCAACGAACCUGCCUUUCCAUACUUUUGUUUCCUUCUUAAAUUAGAUUGCUUCAGCAUGCUGGGAGCUCUGAACGAAGCGUUUGAAGACACUUCGUUAAACGACGACGACGAGGGAGACGAGGAAAAACUCUUGAAUUUCGAUGUCAUGGGAAUGAACUUGGUUAAAAACUCCGCUUUCAAGGUUACUAGGCAGUAUGUCGUUGAUAUUCUCCUGGGAGUGUUCAGAAGCAACGAAUUCUCCAAAGAAGAUCACUUUUAUUUGGGAAUUUUCAUAGCCAGAAACUUCCCUAAAUACUACCAGUUCCUGCGAAUCUCAGAUAGCGUGUUGCAAGAUGUGAUCAAGAAGCUAUGCUUUCCACCGGUAAAGAACCUCCAAGAAGAGGCAGAGUUUGCUCUUCGAAGCCUAUUGUCGGUUUACCACCCACCAAGUAUCGAUGAACUGGGAAGCCUUUUUGAGUCGUCAGGUUAUUACAGAGUGCUAUUCACUGUUUAUCGUUCAGAGAAGAAAAUGCUGAAAUUCUUGCAACUGUGGAACAAAUUGUCUUCUAUUGGAAUGAGCGAACUAUUACCUACUGAGAUUUUCAAGUCCACUUCUGAAUUGUUGACCAAUUGCUUUGAAAUCGUCAAAUCGGACAACCGCGAAGAGCAGAGUGUUAUAGAGUUUGUGAAAGAGCAUUUCAAAUCUUUCUUGAACGAAGACCCAGAGGCUUUGGCUGCCGUUCUCAACCAAUAUGCUCCCGGCCUGCACAACGAGUGCACAUCAGAAGAAGUGAGCGACGAGAAGAAAUAUGAGUAUCUUCGCUAUCUAUUUGGACUGGAGAAGCUCAGUAAAUUAACCCAACCGCUACCGCUAGAGUUGAAAAAACUUUAUGUCAAAUUACUUGCCAAGUUUGAUCACAAUGCACUUACGGAAGAGGUGUUGGGUGGUAGAUUCAAGGAUAUUGAUCUCGACGAAGUGGCAUCGAAUCUCCGGGCCGCUGGAGCAACCAAGGCCGUUGUCCAGUUGUAUGUGAUCAAUUCGAAGCCAAAAGAGGCGGUGAAACUCAUCCUUCAGUUAAUGGAGUCCAAGGGUAAUGAAUUGGUGAUAGCUCAGGAUGAGCGUAGCAUCAAGGCUAUAGAAGGAGAGCUGUUCGAUGAUCUCAGACAGGGUAUCCUUCUGAGCAAAAACUUGACCACAGAGAGAGUGAAGGGCUCAACUGGCCAGACUCUGACUCCUGUGGAGAAAAUGCUUCUCAGGUUUUUGGAAGUUCCCGUGAAGAUAUUCAAAUCAGCUCACGAGGAUGCCCCUGGAGUAGCACUUCAAGUAGCUCAGAGAUUGAUGCAAGAGGCCUUCGUCAGCCUAAUCGACCUCUACUACAAUAGUGUUGGACCCUCGGAUGAAGAGACCGAAGGAUCAUUCCUGCGUAUAUUCUCCGAGUUCUUGAACCGGUCGUCUGCUAAGGUGACUACUCUGGGGGACGUGAGACAGGUGGUGAAGAGUGUUUAUGCUGCAUACUCCUAUGAAAGAGAGAUUAUACGGCACGUGUUGAUUCUGGUGAAUGGAGACAUAUUCAUUGAUAUGGAGCAUCUAAACAGACUGAAUUCGUCUGGAUGGACGACAAAAAACUCUGAGUGUGAGAUCUGCGGGAAGAAACUGUGGGGUCAUGGAUUGAACCGUGAGGUCUACGAGUUGUGGGCUGAAAAUAGAACUGGCGGGGAUGCGAAGGUCGAUAAUGUUGAAGAUGGUGACCACAAUCUAAGAUCCAGCAUCAUCUCCUUCAAAUGUGGUCAUGGCUACCAUAGGUCAUGUUUGAGAGAAAUGGGAAGCAGCCAUUGUAUAAUAGACCAGUCUGAAUGA